CGACGUCGUUGGCAGGGCUGGGCCGAUUGUCACGCCCACACACGCCACACUCAGCUCAGCUAGCUGAUGGUGCCGCCCACAAUGCUGUCACAGAAACAAGGCCCCGAGGGCGUCAUGAAGCGAUGAUCCUGCACACACACACACACACAUGGACUGUGCCCACACAGCUGUAGUGCACUGCAUUGGUUGUGUCGCGUGCCUUGUAGAGAGCGAUUUUGUCUGGUGAGGUGCGGAAGUCGGGCUGCACCUUGCUGAAGGGAUUCUUCUUGUCAUUCAACACCUGUAGCCACGACAUCGAUCAGAUCGACGGCAUCCAUGCCAUGCGAGUGUGUGUGAGUGUGUCCAACCAUGACCCACCUCGUCAGGCUCGCCUUCAAGGCCCUCCCACGAAUGCGGCCCGAUCUGAUCAAACAAGGCACACACACACAGACACACAGGCAGGAUGUGUGUGUGUGUGUGUGUGUGUCGGCCAUCCUCUCUGACGCACCUUGGCCUCUGGCGGCGGCCGGAUCAGCUCUGUGUUGCUCUUGUCGGCAGACGACGCACACAAGACCUGCACACACACACACACACACAAACAUACAUCCAAACAGGUGUCUGUCAUCGGCAGACAGAGGGAGGAGCACCGCCGACAGACGCUCACCAUGCCGUGUGACGGGAAGCCCUUGAGGUUCUUGGCCUUUAGAUUGCACAGCACAACCACCUGCACACACAGACACAGACACACACGCAGACACACAGACUCUCUCUCUCUCUCUCUGUGUGUGUGUGUGUGUGUGGUUGUGCUGUGUGCUGUGCUGUGCUGUGCUGUGUUUGCCUUUGCGUCUUGCAUCUGUUGGAUGGGCACGUAGGGCACCAGCCCCGAUGCGAUCUGACGCGGCUUCUCCUCGCCUAUGUCAAUCUCCUCGCAGUAAAGCCUACACGCGUAGCGACACUCAUGUGCACACGCGUGGCGUGGUGUGAUUGCCUUCCUGUGUGUGUGUGUGUGGGUGUCUGUCUGUGCGCUGCGCUCACUUGUCUGCCUCCGGGUGCUGCCAGACUUUGGUGAUCUUCCCAACGCGCACAUCGAGUCGCGUCACGUCCUCAACCGGCCGCUCGGGAGCUGUCACGUCACGAGCACACCGUCACGUCACACGCAAUCCAAUCAAAACACACAGACACCGACCGAUACAGCAGGCGCAUAGCAUCACGGACGCAGCACAAGGUGGAUGGGUGGACAGACAGUCGGAUGUGCUACCUUUGUUGUCGGCCCUCUGUUUCUUCUUAUCCUCUUUGGCGGCCUUCUUGGCCUUAACACACACACACACACACACACACACACGGCGUGACACACAGGAGAAUGGACCAGAUGAGAUGCGCUCACUCACCUUGGCUUUGUCCUGGUCCGCCACGCCAUUGACCAUCGCGUCUUUGCUCUUGUCCGCACCAGCAGCUGCAUUAGCAUUGGCCGAUCCAGCAGCAGCAGGCACCUUCCUGACACACAAACGGACAGACAGCACCUUCCUUCUUGUCCAGCACAAGGCUCACUUACGGGGUCGGUGUGGAUGUCGACAGAGGUGAGGUGGCCGACUGCCUUGGAUAUGCCGGGCAGGUGCUGGAUGUGGUCGAACCACCGCGUCACAUUGCAGUGCGCCAAGCGCUCCUCGGCACUUGCACCCACCUGAAUGAACCACAUCCAUCCAACCUGCCGCAGAGAUAGGCAUGUGUGACUGUGUGUGUGUACCAUACCAUCCACUGGUGGACAGCGGGGUAGGUGGCGAGGUCUGCGAGUGUGACGUUGUCGGCCGCCAUGAAGGGAUACACCCCCUGCCAAAGGUGUAGACUCUGUAUCCCGGCCAUGAUGUGUGUCCACUUCAUGGAGAGAAUCCUCCACGAAGUGUGUUCAAGUUUGCAACCGACGUAAAUGCACAGAGCCAAGUGUGUUGUUCCGCGUCUGCAAAUGGCCAUUCAGCGUCUGAUACACACACCCACACCCACACACCCACACACACAAGAGAGAGAGAGAGGUGUUAGUACUGUCUGACGAGAUACGUCUUUCUUUCGUGUGUUAUGUUUAUAUCAUCAUGGCGGCUGCAUCAGGGACGGCAUAGUCCCGCUGGGCAAGGAAGGACAACCACUGGUCGAUCUCUGC